UGCCAUGUUGGACUGAGGGAUCGUUGUUGCUGUAGGAGUUCGGGAUGAAAGUUUAUAUUGUGCAGUUUACCGAUUAUUGAGAAGUUUAAACUGCAGUCUGUUCGUGGAAUAAGAAAAUUUGUUUCUGAACCGUUUGCGCACUGAGAAAAUACUCCAAGUGCACUAUUUGUGGAAUGCAGUUCCAGGAGGAACCGAGUGCAGGCCAUGAUGAUCAGUGAUUGCAAAUAUUUUACAUAAAAUACUGUCUUACAAUACAGCGUUUGAAUUAUUUGGCCUCUUCUCUUGUCAAUAUGAGUGGACAUCCGCCUCAAAGGAGGGUUGCAAAUGUCGGUUCUAUACUUCUCACUCCACAAGAGAACGAAUGUCUUUUCAACUACCUUGGCAGGAAAUGCAUCACUCUGUGUUCAGCAGUGGUUCAGGUAUAUGCAGCUGACCGGGGUCCGUCCUGGACCAAACGAUGCUGUGGUGUGGCUUGCUUGGUGAAAGACAACCCUCAAAGGUCGUAUUUCAUCCGUGUGUUUGAUAUCAAGGAUGGAAAAACUAAGUUUGAGCAGGAGCUCUACAAUAAUUUUACAAGCAAUAGUUCAAGAUCAUACUUUAUUGCAUUUGCAGGAGAUUCUUGCCAGAUCGGCAUGAAUUUUGCCAGUGAAGAGGAAGCAAAACGAUUCCGCAGUGCGCUUAAUGAGCUGCUCAGCAGACGACAGAAGAGAACGGAGAAAAGGCGUGACCCACCAAAUGGCCCCACGUUGCCAAUGGCGACAGUGGACAUCAAGAACCCAGAGAUCAACAAUGUGCGCUUCCACAAUAAUUCCCACAUGAACAACAUGGUGCACAGUAGCCUUAACAAGAAGGAGAAAAAGAUGAAAGGCAAGAGGAAGAAACUCACAAAGGCUGACAUUGGGACUCCAAGCAACUUCCAGCACAUUGGUCAUGUAGGCUGGGAUCCCAACACAGGCUUCGACCUUAAUAACCUGGACCCAGAGCUGAAAAAUCUGUUUGACAUGUGUGGCAUCUCUGAAGCACAGCUCAAGGACAAGGAAACGUCUAAAGUCAUCUAUGACUUCAUUGAGAAAAAGGGAGGUGUGGAAGCUGUCAAGAAUGAAUUGAGGAGACAAGGUCCCCCUAGAUGGAGUGCUCCUCCACCUCCUCCAUCACGUGGUGGUCCACCCCCCCCACCCCCUCCACACACAUCUGGACCUCCUCCUCCUCCACCACCUGCCCGGGGACGAGGGGCCCCACCACCCCCUCCACCCUCCAGGGCCCCAGCCUCUGCACCUCCACCUCCUCCACCCUCCAGACAAGGCAUGGGAGCUCCUCCACCUCCACCUCCAAGUAGGGGACAUCCACCACCCCCUCCUCCUGCCCAUGCUAGCAUACCAGCCCAGGCCCCCCAGUCUCAUCCUCCACCCCCACCCCCACCACCAUCUGGAGGAAGUGCUCCUCCUCCCCCUCCCCCACCGCCACCUCCCCCUGGACCACCACCCCCACCAGAGGUGAAUGGAGGGGGAGAAUCAGUGCCCUCACCUAUGGGGGGCAAGUCAGCCCUGCUAGAGCAGAUUAGAGAGGGUACCCAACUGAGGAAGGUGGAGCAGAGCAACAGGCCAGUGUCGACCACGGGGCGAGACGCCCUGCUUGACCAGAUCCGGCAAGGCAUUCAGCUCAAAACGGUAUCAGAUAGUAGUGACUCAGGCCCACCCACUCCUGCUCCAUCAUCAGGCAUUGUUGGAGCACUAAUGGAGGUGAUGCAGAAGAGGAGCAAAGCCAUCCAUUCUUCAGAUGAAGAUGAGGAUGAUGAUGAAGAAGAAGACUUUGAGGACGAUGAUGAAUGGGAUGACUAGUUCUUGUUUCUUUGAUAACCCACUCCAUAGAAUAACAGAUACUAAAUUCUCACCUUUCCAAAUUGUACUCAAAUUCUGUAUAUGUUCUUUCAAAUUGCUGUAUAUUUUUGUUGCCUUUUUUUUAUAAUUUGUGCAAUACCUCAUAUACUCUGUAAAGCAUCGUCAUGUAUCCUCAGUAAAGUAAUCUCCUGGAAUAACCAUGUGAAAUGUAAUGCCAGGAUGGGUUUGCUUGACUUGAUUUGAAUGUUUUACCCCUCGUUAAUGAGGAAAGGCAGAUGGACAGGAUCCUCUACAUUCUUGUUAAUUGUUGAUUAAUGAUCAAAAAUGCUAUUUUCAUACCCUACUUUUCUGUACCUUCGAUUUUCUUACUCAAAUCCUAGUUUAGCACUCUGCAUUUUGGUAAGAGGUUCUUCUAUCUGAAUAUGUAACCCCUCAACCCUCCCACCCACUUCUCUGUUGUUACCUAUGUAAAUGUAAACUAGGCUGAUGUACUUACAGUUGUUACAUUUUGCACGAUGUCAAGCCCAACACACUACAAGUCAACUCCACAUUUGCUACAUUGUCACAAAUUAUUCCCUACAGAUAUUCCUACCAAGUUGAGUUUUCACUGAACACUGCACAUCACAUAAUAGGCAGAGUUUUGAGAUUUUUUUUGUUUUUUGUUUGUUUACUUUCUUGCUUUGUGGUAUUACUGAAAAAAAAAAAAAUGCUAUAGUUCCAAACCGGUGAAGUUGUGAAUACAGCUUGCUUCUGGAUAUGAUCAUCCUCCUCCAGUAACAAAUUUUUAUUAAAAUCAUAUCAUGAAAAGCAUUACACAAAGCAUUCAACUUUAAGCCAUUAACUAGAAGCUUUUAAAAAGCCAAUGCUUGACUGACAACUACAUGCAAGGUAAAUACAAAGAACCUUUCAUUGUGUAGCAAUUAAUGCUGUUUUAACAGUAUUUGUUUGGAUUUUGCUGUCCUUCAAGGAUUGUGCUGUAUUAAAACUAUAAAACUGACUUCAAACCUGACAAAUGGGUUGGAAUAUGGAAUGAAAACACUAAAUUGUAUACUUAAAUAAAUAGAAAUAUUGGUUCA